AAUCUAGUCUUCGAUUCAAACCGCGGGAAUAUUAGUGAGGCUUAUUAUCGAGGUGAGUGUGCAUUAUCUAGAAACGUCAGCGUGGAAAUAAAAGUUUAUCCUCCAUCCACUUGUACUUCACAACAUGUCUAACUCAGGUCCACCACCUGAAAAGAAGCAGAGAAAGGAAACUUUAAUGAGCUCUGAGCUUGGAAAGUUCCUCGAUAAGAAAGUUCGCGUCAAGUUCCAAGGUGGACGUGAAGCCACAGGUGUGUUGAAAGGAUAUGAUCAGCUGUUGAAUCUGGUACUAGACGGGACAGUUGAACACAUCCAAGAUCCUGAAGACCCGUUCAAGAUCACCGCGGAAACAAGGAGCCUCGGACUAGUGAUUUGUCGAGGGACAGCUGUUGUGCUGAUAUGUCCGUUUGAUAGCAUGGAACAAAUAGCAAAUCCUUUCAUUCAACAGGAGCAAACAAUCUAGUUUUUUGUGCAUGUAUUGUAUAAAUUGUUCGACCUUCUUUUAUUGUUCUGUAUAACUUUCAAUUCGCUUUGUUUAUCUAUAAUUAUAAUUGUUGUUAAAUGA